AAAGUCCACAGCGAAGCGCAGGGACAAUGGCAUGCAGCAAAUUAUUUAUCUUGUUAUUCUGCGUACUUUGCAGUAAGUAUUACCUACAUUUCUUAUCUGCGAGUUAGCUGUUCUUGUGCAGGAAGGAAAACCACAAUCUACUACGGAAAUAAUGAGUGUCAAAUGGUAAACUCCAAGCAUAGAGGUGUCAUGAAUGUGUUGUGUUUCUUUUUCUCUGUUAAAGACCAGGCUGUGGCACAGAAAGACGAUCACAAAGUGUAUAUGAAUGUGAGGACCUAGAACAAGACCUGACUGUUUUUGGAUGAGUUUUGUUUUUUAUUUUUACCCAGAAACAAAACAAGCAAAAAAUAAGCAGGCAGGGGUUUUUAAAAAAAUCAUCCUGAAAUCAGAAAAAUCAUGUUAUGUUAGACAUCAUUCACUACGCGAUCUUUGGACCCAUCGAAAAGAAAAAUAAAGUCAUUUUGUUUUUAACAAUGUGAAUAAUGAAGUUGUAACGAUGAAAGAAUGCAGUUGUAAUUUAUGAGAAGUCAUAAUUUUUCUGUGGAACAUGACUGCCCAAAGGACUGAAUAUUGUGACUAUAUUGUCAUUACAGUUUUAGGCCUAUACAUCUAUUGCUGAUGCUAUUAUAUCUGUGUCUCCAUUAAUUGCGACAAAUUAAAAAAAGUAAAUAAGUGAAAUGUUAUGCUGAUCCUGCAAUAUGUGAGGAAACAAAUUUUGUAAAUGGUAUCUUCUCUUCAUGGACGCCCUCCUUCUCCUCCUCCAAAAACACAAUCACAUGUCCACACGUAAGCUUCCCUUCACUAAGUCUGCCUCAUCCUCAUCCUCUUCCUCUGGAAAAUCACUUCUGAUUGACAACAUCUUUAUGGAUGAGACCACGCACUACAUGAAGGACACUUUUUGUAUUGCGAGUUCACUAUUUGGCAUUAUUGUCUCUGAUAUCUUCUUGACCGUCUUCAUUGUGGGCUCUGUUUUCUACUUGUUGACCCUCCUCAAGAAAAGGACAGAGCGGGCCGCAAAAAUACAUGCACAACCAGACCCAGAAGAGAUAACAGAAUCUCCCCAUCAGGAGUUGCAUGGAAUUCAAUUCCAUGCAACUCAAUGUGUACAGUGUACACAUCUGAUUGUACAGUGUGUGUACUGUGAUGGGUCCAUGAGGCCUCAUGAGGCGUGUCGACACACUGACACACUGUGUUGAUACUGUGUCACUGACCACUGCCACCUGCUGGACCUUCAAGAUCCCUGCAGCCAACCCACUUAACAGACUGAACUGACUGAUAAAUUGUUUUGUAUAUUGAACAUAUAAAAUAUACAAUUCGGUAAUAAAUUGGCAAAAGGUGAAGGUAAGAUAUAAAAAAAGGAAAAGAAAAUAGUCAUCAUCACAAAUAUGUGUUCAAAGGAGUAGAAAGAAGCAAAAAACC